GCGGGGAGCGCAGGGGCCGGGCAGGAGCGGCCGCCAUAUUGGGGAGCGCUGAGGGCUGAGGCCGGCGGAGAGUGACAGGAGGAGGCGGAGCAGCGGCCGGGCUGGCUGGGGAUGCUGUCAAAGUGGAUAGGCUCAAAAUUUAAUCUUGCUUAAAAACAGCUGUUAAAAAUUGUCACACUGGAAUAUCUAUUAGUCUCUUUAAGAAGGGCAGCACACUUAAGCAGACUGAUUACUGGCUAGACUUCAUGAAUAGAAGGUCCUGGGACUGUUAGACUCCCCAGCCCCCGCCCUUUCCACCAUGGACCAGGAUUAUGAGAGACGUCUCCUGCGCCAGAUCAACAUCCAGAAUGAAAACACAAUGCCUUGUGUAGUUGAGAUGAGACGAACACUGACACCUUCCAACUCUCCAAUGUCCUCCCCCAGUAAACAUGGAGACCGUUUCAUUCCCUCAAGAGCUGGGGCCAACUGGAGCAUUAACUUUCACAGAAUAAAUGAAAACGAAAAGUCACCAAGUCAAAACAGAAAAGCAAAGGAUGCUACCUCAGACAAUGGCAAAGAUGGCCUUGCUUACUCAGCCUUGCUAAAGAACGAACUGCUGGGAGCAGGGAUUGAGAAAGUGCAGGACCCGCAGACAGAGGACAGGAGACUGCAGCCAUCCACGCCGGAGAAGAAGAGCCUCUUCACGUACUCGCUCAGCACCAAACGCUCCAGUCCAGAUGAUGGCAAUGAGGUCUCCCCAUAUUCCCUGUCACCUGUCAGCAACAAAAGUCAGAAAUUGCUAAGAUCACCUCGAAAACCAACAAGAAAAAUCUCCAAGAUUCCUUUCAAAGUGCUGGACGCUCCAGAACUGCAGGAUGACUUCUACCUGAACCUAGUGGACUGGUCUUCUCUCAAUGUUCUCAGUGUUGGCCUCGGUACCUGUGUUUACCUAUGGAGUGCUUGUACUAGCCAGGUAACCCGGUUGUGUGAUCUGUCUGUGGAAGGCGAUUCUGUGACAUCAGUGGGCUGGUCAGAACGGGGGAACUUGGUAGCAGUUGGAACUCACAAGGGCUUUGUACAGAUUUGGGACGCAGCUGCAGGGAAGAAAUUAUCCAUGCUUGAGGGUCACACAGCCAGAGUGGGUGCUUUGGCGUGGAAUGCAGACCAGCUUUCUUCUGGCAGUCGGGACAGAAUGAUUCUUCAGAGAGACAUCCGGACCCCCCCACUACAGUCUGAGCGACGGCUUCAGGGCCACAGGCAGGAGGUGUGUGGGCUGAAGUGGUCCACAGACCACCAGCUCCUAGCGUCAGGUGGAAAUGAUAACAAGCUCCUUGUGUGGAAUCACUCCAGCUUGAGUCCUGUCCAGCAAUACACAGAGCACCUAGCAGCAGUAAAAGCUAUUGCAUGGUCUCCACACCAGCAUGGCCUGUUGGCCUCGGGCGGUGGAACAGCUGACCGCUGUAUUCGGUUCUGGAACACUCUAACCGGGCAGCCCUUGCAGUGCAUUGAUACUGGGUCACAAGUGUGCAAUCUGGCUUGGUCCAAACAUGCCAAUGAACUAGUGAGUACCCAUGGAUACUCGCAGAACCAGAUUCUUGUCUGGAAAUAUCCCUCGUUAACCCAAGUAGCAAAAUUAACAGGGCAUUCGUACAGAGUCUUAUACCUGGCAAUGUCUCCUGAUGGGGAGGCCAUAGUUACAGGAGCAGGAGAUGAAACCCUGAGGUUCUGGAACGUCUUCAGCAAAACCCGCUCAACAAAGGAGUCUGUGUCUGUCCUGAAUCUCUUCACCAGGAUACGGUAAAUCCCACAUUGCACACCAGGAGACCCCGGUACGAUGUGCCACGAGAAAACCACUAAUUUGGCGUGCAUGGAACCUCUUGCUAUCAACCAGAAGAGGGGAAGGGGGAGUGCCAGUGGGUUUGGAGGAUGGACUUUCAAGAUUCUUCUUAAAUACAUGAUUGCGAACCAUAUUGGACAGUAUUUGGGGUGGGGCUGGGAGGGUGAUGCAACUAUCAAGAGGUUAAGAAUUCAUUCUUCAUAAAGGGGAACAGGUGCAAGAGGGAAAAACAAAAGUAUCUAAUUUUAUACAUUGGGUAGAACUUGUGUGAUGUGGACCAUGAUAAGGAAGAUUAGGCCAAGGGCAUCCCAACUGCUGCUUUGUAACCUCUGUGAGAGAUGAGUAUUCUGUGAGGGGGUGGGUUUGUUUGAGGAGGGUUUGGAAUGCUGCUCUGGGUUCUUCAUCGUUCUCUGAUUUGACACACUUCUUCGGAAGCUGGAGUUAGCCAGACUGGAUCAGAUUUUACUGGUGGGAGAGGACAAAAGUUAGAGGUGAGAAGAGGCCUCUCGCAUGUAGAAUGGGUAUUGGUUUUGCUUGGGACUAAUAUUCCAAGUAGAAAAAAAAAGAACUGCUUAUUUUCCUCAGACACACAGUUUUCUCUUCUGUUUAAAAAAAUGACUAAUACUUGACAUGGACGUUCACCUAAGAGUUUAAUUUUUAGCACACUUAGUAUCUGGCUAAAAUAACGGAGCUGAGAAUUUUUUAAAAAGAUUUUAACAGCAGCUGCCUCCUCUGAAAGAAAGAUUACUGCACAAUCCAAAGAGAUGAUUAUUUUUUUAAAAAGAAUUAUUGAUAUUACACGUUCAAAGCUGGUCUCAAGACUUUUAGUUUAAUGGGGAAACAAUGGCUUUUUUUUAAAGACCCAGGAGUAUUUAUUUAGAGCUUUAUGCUGUGUCAAUUAUUGCAGACUGAUUGCUGCAGUGUCUUUUAUGAGGACAAAAGCAGUUGAGAUGGAUUUAGAAAGAGAGACUCUUGUGAUCUGUUUUCAAAGACAAAGAUUCUUUAAGAUUGUUACCUGUCUUCUACAUGGGAUGGAAGAAACAUCAUGUGUUUGUGAGUCUGUGUGCAAGGUAUUUUAGGCAAGGGCGAAGUGUUGCCUUUUUUUUUUUUUAAACUUCAAUUAGGUCAGAGCCAGAGGCCCAUUUUUAAGUUUCAAGAAGAGAGAGAUCCUGCCAGUUUGUUGGAAUAAUGCAGUGAGGUGUGAUGCUAAGCACGUGUGUGUGUGGUGUGUGUGUGUGUGUGUGUCUUGCUUUUAAUUUAAAGAGAAGCUGUUAUGCUUGCAGCAGCCAGUUCCUGUCUACUUUGUACAUGUGCCAAUGCUCGCCUGCUGUGCAUCUGGCUGUUCGGCCCACCCCUCGCCUCUGUUUGUAAAACGUGUGGAUGUAAGUGCUGUCUCUUCUCAUGACUAUUGUGUAUAUAGACCUUGUCCUGUUGUACAUAGUGUGUAGGCAGAUACCUUCUUGCAAAACCAGCCUGCCCAGGUGGGGGGUGGGGGAGGGAAGAUGUGGGAGAUACCUGCUCCUCUAGAGCAGCAGCGACCCUCUUUAGAAAGGGAAAAUUUCAGGUAGCAAGUCUGGCAGAGAAAAUUGCUAUGAACUAUGGUUCCAUUUCACUACAGCCUUGGCCGAGCAUGCCGUUUCCAGCUAGCGCAUGGCUGUUGGGCUAUGGGGACUGAGUGCUUUUCGACAUGGGGUUCUGUAGCAAAGCUGACGGCAUUGGAGCCCUUAAAGCCAAAAAUGGGACCUGAAUAAUCCCGCCGCCCCCUUCCCACGCUCCUCCAAAAAACCAUUUCAGCCCAGAUCUGCUUUACUCUGGUUCUCGCCAUAAAAUUCCAAGGCACUGCAAAAAUGGUCUCCUGAUUCCUCUCUUGCUGCUUGUUACAUGUUUGGCAUCCUCAACCGUCCCAUCACUAAAGCACUAAGGAAUUGUUAACCUUUCAGAUCAUUAAGUCAGGCAAGCAUGUCUGAAUUCAAGGCUUUGAAACAUGGUCUGUAACAGGUACCUGUUCCACCUCCUGGGGCAAUUAUGGAGAAAGGACCAGAGGAAAGUAAUGCAUGUCUUCAGUCAGAGACUAGGAGGAGGGGGAAUGUGGCUCAGUUUCUCAUUUGCGAUCUGUGCUUUGGGAUAACUGUUCCCCAGUCCCCUAGCUCAAUGUCCAAACCACCCACAAAACGUUUUCCUCCUGGAGAAAAAUCUGUAAAUGGAGGGAAACAAAGGGAGUAAAUUUGUCUCUGCUCAAGUUGUGUAAGUGUUCACUUACCGAGGAGGAAAAUGGAAAGUGUCUUGUGCAGAAGAAAGGUGGGAAGUCUGAUGGUGUGUGCAGGGAUGGCUGGGGGCCGGGAGGGAGCGGUACAGACUAGAGGUCGUGCAGUGGUCCUGGUAACUAUCCUGCCAGUAAUCCCAUCUGACCCUCUCCUCCCCUUCCUCCCCAAUACCACACGCUGGAGAGGAGCAAGCUUUCCUGUUUGUCAGGCGUGUGAUCAGCCUAAGCUUGUGCGUCCUACAUCAGAGGGCCACCCUUGCUGAGGCAGCUGGUAAAAAGAACAUUUGAACUCAGGGUAAGACGAGCUUUGCUUUUUAUUGAGGAGGGUUUGCUUGGAAAGGAGAGGGGAGCAGACAGUCCCCUUCCUUUAGGCCUGCAGUGUUGGGUUUGGUUUUGGUUUUGAAGUAAUCCCCAGAAAUAUAAUGGAGUGGAGGGAGGAAAUACCACAGAGAAAUCUAGAUGCUCUGGAGUCUGUGCUGCAGUUACGCAUGGGCGCUUUCUUGUGUGUCGCAAUGAAAUCUCAAGCAGAGAAUUGCAUUCAACAGAGAUCUCGGUCAAGAGGGAGCAUCCUUCUAAACACUGUUUGUCAUUCUCUGCUUCUAACAACAUUAUUUCUGUCAGUGUUUCAGAACGAUUGCGUUCCUAAUGCUCUGCUCUGCUCUGCUCUGCGCGUUCCUAAUCCUCUGCUCGGAAGGCUGGGCUGACACCUGCCUUGGGAGCAGGACAGGUUACUUUGUGUUCCUACAGUUCUGCUUAGCAGGGAUGAGUAGUUGAUUCUCGAUCCCAUAGCUGGUUUAUGGUUGAGUGUAUCGGCUACCCGGUGGGAGGGGUGGUGGGAGAGCAAUGUUAAAAACUGUCUUUAGUGGACAUAAAAAAAAUACCAGCAUAAAUUCCCUGUUUCCCAUGCAGUUGCUAAAGGAGGUAGUUUGCUGGGGCUAGUGGAGUGUCCUCAAAAGGUAUCUUUCGGGGGGGGGGGGCGGUCCUAGGGGUGUUUGUGUCCAGAAUCUCAUGUAUGCAACUCGUGUGAAGCGAUUGGCUGUCUGGAGUGUGCUCAAUACUGUUGUAAAUGGAAGAAAAACUCAUGUACACUUAUUUCAAUGUAUGAACCAUAACAUUUCUGACUUGUACAGUUCAGGCAGUUUGAAAGGUCUCCCCAGAGUUUAUGCAGGUAAAUUCUAAGAACUUGUGGCAUUGUUACAUAUAAAGCUUCAUAUGGUGAAAAAAGAAUAUAGAGACCAUUGUAACUUUUCAUGUCAAGCAAUGUAACUGGCAUUAAAUACAUUGUGAAUUUAA